AAUCCCGGUUUAUGGGCUGCCUAUCACACAAGUUGCGACAGGAAGGGUAAUAUGCGUCUGUAAGUGCGCAUUUCUCCCCGUAGCAGUUGGUUGUAGCGUAGACAUUUACGUGAACCGUUUCGUCAUGGCAAGCGUGUAUGACUAUGGAAGCUCCAAGUCAGUUAAGAUUUUUAUUGGCUGCAUACCUGGUGAUGUUUUAGAGGACCAGUUACGAUGGGAGCUUGCAAAGUUUGGCAACCUCAAGUCUAUUUUUUAUAUGCCUGAUUUGGGUCAUGAAUCCAUGGGUUGGGCUUUCGCUACUUACAAUGACCAUUAUUCUGGUAUUGCUGCGGUUAAUGCAAUCAACGACGAGUUAUUUUUUGCGGGUUCGAAUGUUCCUUGCAAGGCACAAUUCGUUACUCCUAGGUCUGCUCAGGAAUACACUAAGCUUAAAGGUAACACACGUAAUUGGCCUGUGACUGCCACCACUGAGUGGCAGCAGUUCACCAACACUGAUGGUAUGUUGUAUUAUUACAACAAGCGCACUGGUGAGACGCAAUGGCAACGUCCUUAUGAGCUGCCAAAUUUCUCAUUACUUCCAAAGCGAGUCACGAAUAGUGCUUCUUAUGGUCCCCCUGGUUCUAAUUUGUUUGUCUUCCACUUACCGCCUGAAUGGAGCGACUCUGAUUUAUUGUUACACUUUCAAAGUUUUGGCACUAUUGUCAGCGCCCGUGUCCAGCUAGACACUGUUGGACGUAAUCGUGGUUAUGGCUUUGUGUCUUACGACAAUCCUACUUCUGCACUUACCGCUAUAAAGAACAUGAACGGUUACAGUGUUUGUGGCAAGUAUCUUAAGGUACAGUUAAAGCGUGGUGAGGAGCAGAUGGCUCUAACAAAUGAGUUAGAAGCGCCAUUUUCUUCUGACAUUCGUCCCGUGAGUUCUGAUGACACAAGCUAUUCACUUUGUGACACGGAUCAAUAGCGUUGCAUUGGCAUAUUUAUCGCAUGGUAGCCAUCUCCUGUGACCCAAAGCGGUCGAAAACAACGUAAUCGCAUAGGGGUGCUACCACAGACAAUAAGAGCAACGUUAGUUGCCGCU